AUGGCCAUGCGAACCAUUUACCUCGUCUCUUUUCGGUUUGCUUCUUUUCAACGAGCACACUUCUCAAUAUUUGUCCCCUCCCCAGCACGUCCUGAUUAUGGGACUCUGAUUCAUGCUGUCGGCGCGCCUAUGAUUGGCUACGAACUGCAGUUUAAACGAAAUUACUGUCCAGAACAGACCAGAUUCCCCCACGAAAUUGUUGCCAUUGGGCAAGUCCAUUCUUCAAACAUUUUCGACUCCACAGAUACCGAGCCUAGUACAGACAAAACGCCCAGAGGAAGGAUUGAGAUUUUCGCUGCCCAUGUCCCCACGCCAGGAAUCAGCCAGAACUUCAUGGCACCUGUCAAUGAGACCACCAACAAAUGCUGUCAAGAAUGGACCAUGGAAUAUGUUCGUUAUUUGGUCGCCAAAGGUCUCAUUGGCGAAGAGGCAAUCCAGAUUGUCCAGUCCAAACGUGAUCCUCCGGCCUUCGGCAUCGGUCUACGUCCUGUUAGGCAACAUUGA